AUGAUUCCUUUUAGAAGGGCAAAAGGUUUAAUUUUAAAAAUAACCCCUAUGAAUAUUACAAUAGAACAUAAAAUUUUUCAGUAUUUGGAUAUGCUAAAAAACUUUUUUAUAAGAAAUAAUAGGAGUAAAUCGGACAGACCGGUAUUUUUUGAUAUUUUCAAAAUCCGAAUUUUUUUAACCCCUUAG